AUGAAAAAAGGUGCUAAGAAUCAAAAGCCUGUAAAUUACUACAACUAUUUUCUAGAUCUAGGUGAUAGCUGCUAUGCAGAAAACAAGCUCGAAGAAGCCAUAACAGACUAUAGAUCUGCGAUUAACCUUCUUAAAACUUCAGAUAAAAAAGACGAAGUCAAACUUAAAUCUGACCUAGCUAUUGCUUACAAUAAAAAAGCAUUUGCCUGGUAUAUACUAGGGGGAAAUGACCACAAAGCAGCAAGGGAAUUAAAAAAAGCAGUUUCUCUCAAACCUGAUUAUGCUGAAGCCUUUAAAAACUUGGGCAUCGUUUUACAAAAUUUUUGUGAUAAUGAUAAAGCAACAGAAGCAUAUGACAAAGCAAUCGAACUUAAUCCAAAUGACACAGCUCCUCAUAUCGCCAAGGGCAUAUCAUUUAAUGCAUGUCAUGAACUUUCUAAAGCAAUAGAAAGCUUUAACGAGGCAAUUAAAAUUGAUCCUAAUGAUCCAAAUGGUUACAUUUAUAAAGCAUAUGCUCUUGAAUCUUUAAAUAAACUUUCUGAGGCCGAAGACUGCAUUAAUCUAGCAAUCAGUUUAAAUCCAAAUUAUGAGGAUUCUUACUUUUAUAAAGCAUUAUUUCUUUCUCUGGCAGGUAGAAAUCUCGAAGCAGCAGAAUGCAUCAAUGAAACAUUUAGGUGUGAAAUUAAUGAUCCAAUUUUUUAUAUAAAGCGUGGCCAACUGCUCACUCCCCCACUUUAAAUUGGAACAAAAAAUCCUGUUCCAAUUUAAAGGUGGUUAAGAAAAAGUUUUAAAAAAAAAACAAAAUUAUAUAAAAGUUAAAGAGACAAUAAAUUGUAUGCAUUUAUAUUCAACAACAUUCAUCCCUUAAAAUUGAAAAAAAAUAGUGUUUAAUUUUUGAUUCUGCAUAUUAAAUUAGAUAUUAAGAUAUAUUACAUAUAAAUUAUGAUUUUUGCCUAUAAAAUUUUCAUUAUAAAAUUGAAUUUUGUUCCAAUUUAAAGGGGGGUUAACUCCCCAAAAAAUGGAAAUUUUACCUAUAUUUUGUUCCAAUUUAAAGGGAAGGGAGUCAGUGAUCUAAAAUUAGAAGCAGAAGCUCUAAAAGAUUUUAAGAGUGCUUUAAAUCUAUUCCAAGAAAUACUGUCAAAAGAAAAUAGUCAUAGAAUAAUUAAUAAGCCUCAUUGGGGAGCGCUGUGGUAUUUAACAAUUAAUCAGCUUCAUCUUGAGUUCCUUGAGGAAAUUAUUGGAAUGCAGGAGUGCUUUACUGAAUUAAAGAAGGAGCUUGAAAGACGUAAGACUGAUGAGCAAAGCUUAGAUGAAAAAAUUGUUGAGAAAUAUCAAGCAAUUAAAAAGCAACAGCCUGAAAUCCUUAAAUUUGCAAUUGAAAAACUAAGGGAUUCUCUUUAUACUCCAUUUUGCACUUCUCAUAUAGAGAGAGAGAAAUCUUUAUUACUUAAAGGCCUUUAUUUCAGGGCCAUGUCCCGAUUAAAAAUUUUUUUUAACUUUCUUCUUUUCCUAAAAUCUUUGGAUAAAAUUUUAGUAAAAUUUUCUGAACCCACGUAAUCCGCGAUUUUUUCGAUUUCUGAGUCUGAUAUGAAUUUUCUAUAUCUGAUGAAAUUUGAAUCUGAUCUAAAUUUUAUUUUCUUGAUAAUGUUUGAUUCUGAUAUCAAUUUUAUUUUUCUGAUAAAAUUUGAAUCUGAUCUAAUUUUUAUUUUUCUGGUGUUCAGGAUUUUCUUAUCGAUUGUCUUCUUAUCAUCAAUGAUCACCUCAGUCUUCCUAUAUUUGAAGGUUUCCUGAAUAGAAUCUAUUUCAUCUAGUAUUUUUCCAUCUAAACGACUUAAAAACUCCAAUAUUUUGUCAUCUGUAUCAACAUUUUCUGCAUCACUAUCAUUUCAUUCAUACUCUGAUUUCAGAAUUAUCAAGUAAUCCUGUAUCAAUAAGUUCAUUUAAUAGUAAAAGUUCGAAAAAUUCAUCCUGUAAAGCUCCGUUUUCUUCACAAAAGGAAGAAGAAUAGGAAACAUUACUUUCCGAAUCUUCCAUUAAAAUAAAAGUCUUCUCAUAUAGAAGAUAAAUUAUUUUCAUUAAAAGAAGAUAUCAUUGAUUUCUGGCUGCCUCAGUCAAGGAAAGAGGUUAGACUUGAAUUAGAGCUUAAGAUAAAAGCUGACAUAGAAGGGAGUCGAAGGCUUAAAAAAUAUUGUGAUGCUCUAUUUGAAAGACUCAAUGUUGCUGUUAAUGAAGCAGAAAAUAGAUCUUAUCAACGCUUGGAAAAUCAACCAGCCGUUUGACAAACCAUAGAUCUAUUUUUUGAAGAUAGAGUUCUAGAUAAUAUAAAAGUCCCAUUUGGUGCUAGAGGAGGAGGACUUUAUCAUGUUCUUGGCAAUAAACAAUAUUUCCUUUACUCCCCCUUCGUGCGAGCAAAACCAUUUGAAAAAUCACUAUUUUUUGCCUAAAAACAAAAAUUUUUAAUAGAAAAAUUUGAGAUAUAAGUGAUAAUUAUUAUAAUGAAAUCUCUAGUUAAUUCUGCUUAAUUUUAAAACAAAUUGCACUUAAAACAUAAAUUUUGCAAAUUAAAAAUAAAUAUAUUUUCUUUCCAAUUUUGCGAAUUAAUUUUUUUAAAAAAAUAUUAAUCCCCCUCAAGCGAAUUGUUCGCGCACGAAGGGGGAGGAGUUGGUAAUUUGAGCCCAUGUGCUGAAUUGCGGCCAUAUGUUAUUAGAAAAACAGCAGAGACACUCACCAUAGCGAAUAGAGAAAAAAUAAAGGCAGCAAAGCAUAAUCCUGAAGUGCAGUUUUGAAUUGAAAAUGGACUUAUUGCUAAAUACAAUGAUUACUUUAUGCUAAAUCUUGACGAUGAUCUCUAUAAAAAGAAAUAUCAAAUUUUGGGCUGCCUUGACGCUUUGUUGAUUAUUAUUGCAGCUUGGGGUAGCUUUUUUACAUAUAAACUAACUUCAGAAGAAAGGAUUAAUCUGCUAGUAUCAGCGAAUUCUUCGUUUAAAUUCACUGAAGGAAAAUUCAUAAUUACAGAUCCCAAACUUCAAUGUCCACCAAAAAAUAAAAAAGAGGCAUGCUGCAAUAUUUUUUAG